CGUUGCUAUCCUUUCUCCGUACUCUAUCUAUAAACCCUUCAUACAGCCAGCAUGGACCAAUACGUCGACAGCCUACAGCAGACCAUGCAGCAGGUCCUGUUCUCUAACGACAACAACCUGAUCAAGGAGGCGACCAAGGCUCUGAACACCCAAUACUUUACCGACGCCAACUGCGUCCCUGCCCUCGUUCAUAUUGUCGAAGUUUCGCCACAAAAGGAGAUUCGUCAACUUGCCGCGGUGGAACUUCGGAAGCAGGUCGGAAACUGGUGGUCAAAGCUGGAUGAUGACACCAGAAUCGCAGUCAAGGCACAGCUUUUGAACAUAAUUGUCAAAGAGCAAGAUCCGUAUCCUCGCCACUCCACAGCUCGAGUUAUCGCUACCAUCGGAAGAGUUGAGAUCCCAAUCAACACCUGGCCAGAGCUCAUCACCUUUUUAUUCCAGUGCUGCUCGAGUGCUACUGCAGGACAUCGCGAGGUCGGGGUCUAUGUCAUCUACGCCAUCUUUGAAGUGACGGAUGCCUUUUCCGACAACUUGGGACAGCUUUUGGAGUUAUUCAGUCGUACGAUCGUCGACCCAGAAUCGCAGGUUGUCCGCACCACGACCGUCCAGGCUCUGGGCAAGAUGGCCGACUUUAUCGAGGAUGAUCAAAAGAACGAAAUCGCAAUGUUCACCGACCUUGUCCCUCAGAUGGUCCAUGUUCUGAAACAGUGCCUUGAUAACAACGACGAAGAGUCCGCCGCCAAAUGCUUCGACGUCUUCGACACCCUUUUGCUGCUCGAGAUCCCUGUUCUUUCCAAGCAUGUCCAGAGCCUAAUCGAGUUCUUCCUAAGUGUUGGCGCCAACAAGUCGUACGAGUCCAUCAUGCGUGUCCAGGGGCUUUCCUUCCUCAUGUGGGCAAUCGUUUAUAAGAAGACCAAGAUCCAGCGUCUCAAGUUGGUUGGCCCCAUGAUCCAGGCACUGAUGCCCAUCGCUGCUGAGGAGGAGCCUGAAGAUACAGACGAAGACUCCCCUGCGCGCCUUGCCUUCAAAGUUAUCAAUACUCUCGGUACAAACCUCCCUCCUCAGCAGGUGUUUCCCAUCGCAUCUGAGGGCAUACUUACCUACAUGCAGAACCCAGAUCCUCUGUAUCGAAAGGCCGCCAUGGUCACAUUAGCUGUCUUGAUUGAAGGCUCCGUCGAUUACAUCCGCCCCAAGUUCAACGACCUUUUGCGGAUUGUCUGCACUGGCCUCCAGGACCCCCAACCCGCUGUCCGUCGUGCUGCCUGUAUGGCUUUGAGCUCCCUCGCAGAGGAAUUCGACCAAGAGAUUGCAGAAAACCAUGCCACGCUGCUGCCAUUGGUCUUCAAUCUGAUGAAUGAGCCCACGCUUGAGAUCACCAAGCAGGCAUGUAACGCCUUGGAUGCCAUCCUCGAGGGGUUAGGAGACAGCAUUCUCCAGUACCUUCCAGAACUGAUGCAAAAGCUCCUGCACAUGCUGGACAAUGCUCAGGGCGAGACUCGCGCCAUUGUUGUCGCUGCCAUUGGCAGUGCAGCACACGCUUCUGGCGAGGCGUUCACCCAUUACUUUACUGAGGUUAUCAAGCGCUUGAGGCACUUAAUGACUCUUCGCUCGAACGAGGACGAACUCAUGUUGCGUGCCGUAUCGACUGAUGCUCUCGGUGCUAUCGCAGAAGCUGUUGGCAAGGAAGCGUUCAGACCGUACCUGAACGAUCUCAUGAACUUGGCCAUGGAGGGUUUGAACCUGGAUAACUCUCGCCUUCGCGAAUGUGGCUAUUACUUCUUUGCAGGAAUCGCCCAAGUGUUUGAGGACGAAUUCUCUCCCUAUCUGGGUGCUAUCGUCCCACAGCUUAUCCGCUCCUGUCAACUGGAUGAGAACAAUACUCGCGUGGAGAACGAGACCGAGGAUCUAGACGACGUGGAUGCAGAUGAAACUGAGGAGGAUCUCAACUAUGUUUUCAAGUCUGCGAUCGCUGACGAAAAGGAAGUUGCUGCGGAUACCAUUGGCGAGCUCUUCCAGCACACUCGCUCUGCUUUCUUGCCCUAUGUGGAGUCGACUGUCAAGGAGUUAGUCGAGCUGUCUGCACAUAUGGCAGAUGGAGUGCGCAAGGCGUCGUGUGCCGCAUUAUUCAACUUUUUGCGCACGUUCUAUAAGAUGUCUAACCCAGAAGAGUGGAGGGCUGGUCUUCCUGUUGCGGUUCCCCUCAACAACAAUGUGGUGCAGUUGAACUCUUUGGUAUUGCCUGCAAUUCUUAAUAUGUGGACAGACGAAGAUGAAAAGAUGGUUGUUGUCCAAAUCUGUCAGGAGAUGGUCGAGACUGUCAGACUUUGCGGCCCCGGAAUUGUUGCCGAAAAGAUCGAUGCGAUCGCCGAACAUUUGAACCUGAUCUUCGAAAAGAAGGCCUAUUGUCAGCAGGAGCUCGCUGACGACGAAGGAUUGUUAGAUGAGGAUGAGCAGGCAGAAUUUGAUGCCCUGCUGAUCUCUGCUGCGUCUGAUUUAGUCGGUGCCUUGGCUGCCGUCCUGGGCUCCAGCUUUAUCCCAUAUGCCAAGGUCUUCAUCCCCCACAUCGCCAAGUACUACAAAAAGUCGAAGCCAAGCACUGAGCGCUCGAUGUCGAUCGGCUGCUUGGGUGAGAUUGCCAAUGGUAUGGGCAAUGGCAUUACCGAGUUCUCGGAGCAGCUCUUCCCUUUAUUUGUGAAGAGCCUCAGCGAUGAGGAGGAAGAAGUCCGCAGUAAUGCGGCCUUUGCGAUCGGCGCUCUUUGCCAAAACACCACCGUCGACAUGUCUUCGCAAUAUCCUGGUCUCUUGACGGCGUUGUACCCGUUGUUCCAAGGCCAAUCUCUGCCAAAUGUCACGGACAAUGCCUGCGGCGCCGUUGCUCGAAUGAUCAUGAAGCACCCGGAUGCAGUUCCUUUGGAUCAGGUCCUGCCUGUUUUUGUGCAGGCGCUGCCCUUGAAGUGCGACUUUGAGGAGAAUGAGCCCGUGUACAAGCUGCUGUUUUCAUUGAUCCGCAGCCAGAACGCGUGGGUUGGCAACCACAUGGCUCGGUUGUUGGCGAUCUUUACCGAGGUCCUAUCAAAGGAGGACGAGCUUAAGCCGCAUACGCGUCAAGAGAUGAUUGAGACCAUCAAGGGUUUGAACCAGCAGUUCCCCGCACUGAAUAUUGCGGCUUCGCCCCUGGGCCACUACCUUUCGUAGACGUGACAACGUUUACCAUACGUUCUAUGAAUACAAUAUCAACAACAGCAACGGACACAACCACAAAUUCAGCACAAAGAAGAACCAUUCACAUUCAUACAUAUAUCCUCAAUAAAAGCAUGCCUUUUCAAAUUUAUUGUUAUGGA